UUCAAGACUGCGAGAGGUUGCCUUGAUUAUCUCCUUCUGCUAUCCCAAAGGCUUCGGUGGCUGCACAUUAGAUGUCGGCAAGAUAGUCUCCCAAGGAUUCGAAGAUGACCGGACGUUCUGCCUGCAGAAAGUGCACCGUGAUCCAGAUACCAAAGACUUCAAGCAGUACAAGACUAUAUACAGCGGCUUUCACCUACAGAUAGUUCUGUUCAAGCAGAUUGUCGAAGAUAGACCGGAUGGCAAGAUGCUGGCUGUGACCAAAGUCAGAGAUGAGCACCCAAACCCAAACUAGCUGUCCUGGACUGGAUCCGAUGGCCAGAUUUAAACUCCUCUGCGUCCGGACGUGAAAGGCUUGAAGAAGCUCAGUUUAGAUCUUCACGACAGCGCCACGGACACAUACGAGAUGGGUGACACCAUCUCUGCGUGGGUGACUAAGUACCUUGGUUUCGAGACGCGUCUUGUCUACAUCGUCCAGCACUUGCGUGUUGUCUUAGGCUCCGGAGCAACCAAUGGCGACAUGGCGUACGCGAAGCGAUCCCCUCUAACGGCCCCAGGUCGCCGUCUUUUGCCCUCAGUUUUCAAGGUCCCGACAGAGCGCAUCACCUUCCACAUCGGUCAAUACCUCGUCGUCACCAAGGAGUCAAACGACGAAGUCAGCUCCCGUCCCGCCGAUGGCGUAUCAAUGGACAUCACCAAGACCCGCCUCAACAUCAUCGUAUCCGGUGCUCCAGCGGCGUAUGACGAGGAUUAAUAGCCGCAAUGAUGUGCCCCGGUGGCAUCAGGAUGAAAUUCAGAGGCACGUGCUGAAGAUUCUAGGCCAUCACUGUUAACCACGCACUGGAAAAAAGGCAGAAGAAGACCUCGAGUUGGUAUGUAAGAAUGGCGAAGGAUAGAAGGGUUGGCAAGGGGUGGAAAUAUGGGCAAAUAUUUGGUAAGUACUCGUAUAGAAGCCUGGCGGAUAAGGGGAAGGAGGUUCGUGUCAGUGAUGAGGUGAGGCUUAUGAAGAGGACUAGGGAGAGGCCAGUAUUUGAUUGGCCGCUGCCGAAGGCUGUAGUGCUUACGUUCAAGUGAGGUCGACGAUGGCGGAGUUCUCCCUCCGCUCAGGCUUGGUGAAGAUCAUAUCCUUUGAAACGAGAGAAGAUACGACACACAUCUUGAUGAGACCAGAGAAG